CUAUUUUCAUCUCAUAAAUAAGUGUGACUCUUCUCUCUUCUCUGCUCUGCUUCACAAACAGUGAGCUCCAAUCUCCGAGUUCUCAUGAAGCUCAAUUUGGGAUGUCCGAAUCUUCUGCUUUCCCUUCUCCUUCUUGCCACCACUUCAGUCUUCAUCUUCCUCCCACAAAUGGCUUUCGCUGCCACACCCAAGUUCAGCAUCGAUGAAGUGAAGGCAUUGAAGGAGAUAGGGAAGAAGCUGGGGAAGAAGGAGGGGGACUUUGGGGUAGAUCCCUGCAGCGGAAGAGGUAGAUGGAAUGUGUCAGAUGAUUGGAAAGGCUUUGCAAGCUCUGUCAUCUGUGAUUGCUCCUUCAACAACAACUCAUCUUGUUAUGUUGUACGCAUAUUUUUGAAGGCUCAGAAUCUUUCUGGUAUUCUUCCACCAGAGUUUUCAAAGCUUCAGCAUAUCAAGAGAUUGGACCUUAGUCGUAACAUCUUGAGUUCUGUACCUCAGCAAUGGGCUACCAUGCACUUGGAUGAGCUUUAUUGUCAAUGAAUAUGCAACUCUCUUAUGGGGAACAAGUUAUCAGGUCCUUUUCCUAAAGUUCUCACCGAUAUCACAACCCUCAGAAACCUGAGUAUUGAAGGAAAUCUAUUUUCAGGCCCCCUUCCUCCAGAGAUUGGAAAGUUUGUCAACUUAGAAAAAAUCAUUCUGUCAUCAAAUGCAUUCACAGGAGAAUUGCCGGUGGGGCUUUCAAAGUUGACCAAGUUGAUUGAUUUGAGGAUUAGUGACAAUAUUUUCUCUGGGAGGAUACCAGAUUUCAUUAGCAAAUUGACGUCGAUUGAAAAGCUGCAUAUUGAGGGUUGCUCACUUGAGGGACCCAUCCCUUCCAGCAUUUCUGCCUUGAGAAGAUUAAGUGAUUUGAGGAUAACUGACCUGAAAGGUAGAGGCUCAUCUUUCCCAUCAUUGGGUCACAUGAAAUCAAUAAGGACCCUCAUACUGAGGAAAUGCUUAAUUAAAGGAGAGAUCCCCGAGUACACUGGGAAAAUGAACAAACUGAAAGUCUUAGACUUGAGUUUCAAUGAGUUGACUGGAAGGAUACCUGCCUCUUUUGCCCAAUUCGAUAAAGCAGACUUCAUGUACCUCACUGGGAACAAACUAACAGGGACUAUACCUAGCUGGGUUCUUGGAAAAAAUACAAAUGUUGAUGUUUCUGACAAUAACUUUAGCUGGGAGAGCUCAAGUCCGGUUGAAUGUCCAAGAGGGACUGUAAAUUUAGUGGAGAGCUACUCUUUUUCUGUGGAUAAACAAAAAAAUGUUCACGCAUGCUUGAAAAAGGACUUUCCAUGCUCUGAUUCAGACAGCCAAUAUUACUCCUUGCACAUUAAUUGUGGUGGAAAGGAAGCAAAUAUCAAUGGUACUAUUUAUGAAAGGGACAAAGAACAAAGAGGCGCUUCAAUGUUUUACUCUGGUCGGAAUUGGGCUCUCAGCAGCACUGGGAACUUCAUGGACAAUGAUAUUGAAUCUGAUCCCUAUAUUGUGACCAACACAUCCAAACUUCUGUGUGUUUCUGCUCCCAGUUCAGAACUGUACACGACAGCUCGUUUGUCUCCCCUUUCUCUCACAUACUAUGGACUCUGUCUAAUGAAUGGAAACUACACUAUUAAGCUCCACUUUGCAGAGAUUAUUUUUAUCAACUGCAGAUCAUUUUACAGUCUUGGGAGGCGUGUAUUCAAUGUCUACAUCCAGGGGAAGUUGGUCCUAAAGGACUUCAAUAUUGAGAAAGAAGCUGGUGGGACUGGAAAGCCAAUUGUGAAGGUAUUCAACGCUACAGUCACAAAACAUACUUUGAAAAUUCACUUUUACUACGCUGGAAAGGGGACAACUGGCAUACCCACAAGAGGAAUUUAUGGACCUCUGAUAUCCGCCAUAUCAGUAGAUCCUAAUUUUACCCCUCCAUCACCGGGGAUUGGAAAGAGAACGUUUAUUAUAGUGGCAUUUGCCAUAUUAGCUGCUCUCCUGCUUCUUCUUCUGAUGCUCCUAGGUAUCAUGAGGUGGGAGGGCUGGCUAGGAGGCAAAGGCUCCGUGUAUAAAGAGCUCAGAGGUAUAGAUCUGCAGACAGGAUUAUUCACAUUAAGACAAAUCAAAACAGCAACCAAAAACUUCGAUGCUGCUAACAAAAUUGGAGAAGGCGGCUUUGGUUCUGUUUUCAAGGGUCUACUAUCCGAUGGCACUGUGAUUGCAGUGAAGCAACUUUCCUCAAAAUCUAAGCAAGGAAACCGUGAGUUUGUGAAUGAGAUAGGAAUGAUAUCUGGACUUCAACAUCCCAAUCUUGUAAAGCUUUAUGGAUGUUGUGCGGAAGGGAACCAGUUGAUACUGAUAUAUGAGUAUAUGGAAAACAACUGUUUAUCACGUGCACUUUUUGGAAAAGACCCGGCCUGCAAAGCAAAACUGGACUGGACGACCAGGAAGAAAAUUUGCCUUGGUAUAGCUAGAGCUUUGGCUUAUCUGCAUGAAGAGUCCAGAAUAAAAAUCAUACAUAGGGAUAUAAAGACUAGUAAUGUGUUGCUAGAUAAAGAUUUUAAUGCUAAGGUUUCAGAUUUUGGUUUGGCAAAACUUAAUGAAGAUGAUAAUACCCAUAUCAGCACUCGAGUCGCAGGAACCAUUGGUUACAUGGCUCCUGAAUAUGCAAUGUGUGGCUAUUUAACUGACAAAGCAUAUGUUUAUAGUUUUGGGGUUGUUAUAUUGGAAACUAUUAGUGGAAAGAGCAAUACAAAUUACAGACCAAAUGAAGAAUUCGUUUACCUUCUUGAUUGGGCAUAUGUUUUGCAAGAGAGAGGAAAUCUACUGGAGCUGAUUGAUCCAGACUUGGCAUCAGACUAUUCAACUGAGGAGGCCAUGGUUAUGCUAAAUGUGGCUCUCUUGUGUACCAAUGCAUCCCCCACGCUCAGGCCAAAAAUGUCCCAAGUUGUGAGCAUGCUUGAAGGCCAAACAGAUAUUCAGGAUUUGCUUUCUGACCCUGGAUACUCUGCAAGUAGUUCCAAGCACAGGUCCAUACGAAAUCAUUUCUGGCAGAACCCAGAUACUGAUUCCUCUAGUUCAUAUCUUGGGACUGAGGAAAGCUACCGUCUUGUACAAGUUAACUCAUAUAUCAGGUAAGUGAGAGAGUCCUACAAUUUCGUUUACAUAGUAACCAGUGUGAUCCUUGAUGUGAUUUUGUUAUAUUUUUGUAACCAUCUAAUCCUCCCCCAAAGAAAACGGAGGAUAUUAGAAAUGUGUAAGUUUUUCUAAACAAUGCCACAGCAUGGCAUAGGAUUGUUCUAAGGCAGUUACAUAUUCUAUUAACAAACAAGUGAAUGUUGACCAUAAAAAAUUGUAACUUUAA